CGGCUUCUUAAAAUAUGUGCAGAGAGCUUGGCAUCGUUAUCAUGUUAAAAAACGUAUAGCCCUGGAGUUUCAGCAGCAGUGGGAAUCAUUGAUAUAUAGUCAUCUUUCUCCUCUAAAGAAAUCGUCUAUAUCCAGCCAAGUUCUGAGGCCUUUUCUUUUCUUUACUACAUUCUUGUUGGCGCGAUAUCCAAGAAUUCAACCCAGAGAAAAAGAUUGCAUCAGGAGUUGUUUUGGAGUUAUCCUGGAGAGCAUAAACUCAACAAAUCCCAAUGAAAACUUUUGCUCAAUGGCUACUGGAACCGUGGAAGAGAGGAAAGUUUGGAAUUAUCAAGCAAAGAAGUUGAUUACCAUUUGCUUGUUUAUUUUAACAGAAUAUGAUAAUUCUUGUCACAAGAGUAACAAUGUUCUACUUGCAUCAUUAGCAAUGCGCUUGGCAGUAAUUCUGACUGAUGUGAAAGGUUGGAAAUGCAUCAGCAAUACCAAUAUACAGGGUGCAUUAAUGGCUGUUAGGGAUUUAGUUCAGUUCAUGGGAAGUAUUAAAAGUGGACUAUACAAUUCUGUAAGGAGGUACAUUUGUAAACUUGAGGCUCCUAGUUCCGUUCAGGUGACUUUGUCUUCUCAGACAGAUGAACAGUUACUGAUAACUGCAAGUGCAAUUACUUUAGCACUACGGCCAUUUCAUGUCGUGAAUCUAGUUGCAGAUAAUAAAAAUGACCUGCUAGAAGUUCAGAGUGCUGCGGAGCAAUACUGUAUUUAUCUACUCACAAUACCCUGGUUUGCUCAACGGUUACCAGUGGUGUUGAUUCCUCCUUUGAAACACAAGUCUGUGUUAACACCUUGCUUGAGGAUACUAUUGGUAAGUUUGUCAAAGUAAAGGGAAUUGUUGCAACUAAUUAUACGAGUGUAUAUGCCCGUACCUACAUAAUUUUAAGGCAGUGUGUCUAUGGGACGAUAUUAUUGUCAGUUUGGGCUAGAAAAUCUACCAGACAACCACAAGAAUAAGCUGAUU